AUGGUCUGGGAUAGGGUUACCUCGACCCCCCCGCACCUCGACCCCCUGCACCUCGACCCCCGCACCUCGACCCCCGCACCUCGACCCCCUCGACCCCCUGCACCUCGACCCCCGCACCUCGACCCCCCCCCGACCCCCCGCACCUCGACCCGCCCGCACCUCGGCACCCCCGCACCUCGACCCCCCCGCACCUCGACCCCCCGCACCUCGGCCCUCGACCCCCCUCGACCCCCCCGCACCUCGACCCCCGCACCUCGACCCCCGCACCUCGACCCCCCGCACCUCGACCCCCCUCGACCCCCGCACCUCGACCCCCGCACCUCGACUCCCCCGCACCUCGACCCCCGCACCUCGACCCCCGCACCUCGACCCCCGCACCUCGACCCCCCGCACCUCGACCCCCCGCACCUCGACCCCCCGCACCUCGACCCCUCGCACCUCGACCCCGCACCUCGACCCCCGCACCUCGACCCCCGCACCUCGACCCCGCACCUCGACCCCCGCACCUCGACCCCCGCACCUCGACCCCCGCACCUCGACCCCCCGCACCUCGACCCCCGCACCUCGACCCCCGCACCUCGACCCCCGCACCUCGACCCCCGCACCUCGACCCCC